UUUUUUCCUCGUCGUCCGAACUCGGGGUAGGGUGGGCUCCUUUCGGCCCCGCGGCGCAUGCGCGGUCGCGCGCGGGGCCUGCCUGGCAUUGUCCCGCCCGCGCGCCAGCAAUGGAGAGUCCCGGCCCACCCUGAGGUAAUUUUUUUUUUGGGCGCCAGUAAUGGCGGCCUCUGAGGCGGCUGAGGCGACUUUCCGUCGUCGCCGGGCUUCUUCUCGAUCCCGCCAAGCCGUCCUUUGGACCCGGGCUCGGAGUCUUUGCCGUCGGCUCCGGGCUCUGCAAGGCCGGCAGGUGGAUCGGCACGUCCGGCAGCAGUUGAACGGCUUGGUGGGCCGAAGCCGGACGCGGCCUGGUCGGAGCGGCGGCGGGGCCGAGUUGAGGCGACUGGCGGCCGAAGCUCAAGCCCGGCUCCGGGCGGCCCAGCGGGGCUGUGACUCGGACGCCACGGAGAGCGCCUCGGACGCCUCUUCUUCUUCCUCCUCUUCCUCCUCGUCCUCGGCCUCUUCUUCGUCCGGUUCCUCGUUCGGGAACUCCUCGUCCACGUCGUCGUCCUCCUCGUCGUCGUCCUCUUCCUCAGACAGCGAGGGCCCCGAGCCAGGCCCCGGGCUCCGAUGCAGCGUCGGGGUGGGGCGCCGGCUGGCACAACGCCAGUGGGCAAUGGAGAGAGCGGCCAUCAUCUGUCGCUGGACGUGGCUACAAGCUCAAGUGUUGGACUUGGAGUAUCGGAUAAGGCAGCAGACCGAUGUUUACAAACAGCUCCGGGCAAACAAGGGCCCAGUUAUCCUGGGCAGCCUCCAGCAGGAAGAUGGGCUGAAGCCACCGAGCUGCCUGGCCUCCCCUGCAGGGGUGAUGAACUCCAGGAAAACCCCAGCACUGCCUCCCUCCUCCCCCCACCUGAAGGUGCCCGGUGGAAUAUCGCCUUGCAUCCCUUCUUAUCUCCUCCAAAAUGCUGAAAAACAGAAUUCUCACCUUGCCCAGUCUUUAAGGAACCUGGUCUGUCAAAAUCCCUCCUGCACCCCCAUCAACGGGUCUCCGGAGCCCCCAAAAGCCUGCCCAUCCCCUCAUCAAGUCAAUGGAAUUAGCAACUGCUUGAGUGCCUGUGCUACUGGCGGCAGCUCUGCAGAAGGCCCGACUGCCGACCGGCACCUCAAGAAACCCACGCCAGCAAACCACAGCCUGCCCGGGGUGGCCUCGGCCCUGGACAACAGCUGCGUGGCGGCUCGGAUCCGUCCCAUCUGCAGGUACAAGAAGCGUCGGCUGGUGAGAAUCAACUCCAUCGCUCACCUGAACCGAAAGCCACCGAAGCCUCUCAGCCUGAAGUGUACCUGUGAGCAGCCCAACUCCUGCAUUUUGUGCGACUUCAAGGCCUCGCUGCCAGCCGUCAAUCCAGAGGCCAUGUCCUUGGAGGAACGGAUUGCUCUGCUGGACUCCGGCUUCCACCCCAUCCUCUCCUUCCCGCAAGGCAACCCUCUGCAUUUACAUUUUGAGGCCUUGCUCCGAGAAGACCAUUGGCGGACCACCAAACCCAACUUUCCAAAGCUGCCUCAUGCUGGCUUAAAAGACUUAACCAACAAUGUCGGUUCCUCAUCACUUUCCGCUCCGGGUGCUCUGUUGAAAGGAUUGGCCAGCUUUGGAUUCUGCGCCUCACGUCCCACACCCAACAAACUAGGCGCUUCAUUCCAGGUGCCGCCUCUGUGCCUCGAAAACCCUCCCGUUCCGCACGCCAAUCAUGUACCCCCUCAUCCUGCGACGGCCAGCAGCAGCUCCACGUUGCAGCCUGCCAAGAAGAAAAAAGUGGAAACUUCCUAUGAUAUCAACAACAUCGUCAUUCCGAUGUCCAUGGCCGCUGCCACCCGGGUGGAAAAACUGCAAUAUAAAGAGAUUUUAACCCCCAGCUGGAGAACGGUGGAUCCCAAAGAGUUGGUGAUCUUAGAGGAAGCGGAGACCGAGCUGGAAGACACUUCGGAUGAAACAUAUCUGGCCUAUCACCAAAAAUAUGAAGAGCUGGAACGGGUCCGCUGGGAUUCCUGGACCGGAACGUCCUCUCAGAGACGAGGAAACAGGAGCUCCUCCCAUAAAGCCGACGGGCGCUGGGUGCCUCCUCCCGGCUGCCAGGACAGCGUGCCGAAUAGUCUUCACUACCCUCAGGGUGCCAAUUCUCCCACUGCAUCGCUCAGCCCAGACCCCUUCAACGUCCCGACAUCCCUGGUGCUAAGAGGUCGAGGAGGGAAUUCCUUCAGUGAAGACUCUUCCUUCAAUACAGACGAGAUCCAAAACGUCCCGCCUUGGGAACCUCGCACCUUUCCACUUUCCGAUACUGAGUACCAGGCGCUCCAGGACCCCUCCCACAAAGCCUUUGGCCAGCAGUGGAAUGAAGCCUUGAGGACUAACCACAUCAACACUGCUGGCCUCUCUCAUCUGAGAGAGGCACUCCCAGCCAAGCGUCAGGCGCCUCCUGAGGAUGGUGAUCGGCAGCGCCAGGCCGAGCCUCGUUGCUUCGUUGCAUCCACAUUGAACAACAGAUGACCUCUCGGGCCCCGGAGAGAAGACGUCGGGAGAGUUGCACCCACACUCUAGAGAGGCAUCACCAAGCUCGGCUGGCGAGCUAGGCGCCGGAAAAGCCGGGCGCAAAGUGAAGGUCCAUCUUUGGACUAGGAGUUCCCCACGACCGGCGAGGAAGGGCCGGAAGGGGCCAUUCGCCGAGCCUCUGUGGGGCGGGAGGAGGGGGUGACCUGGAGAAGCCCAUUGGUAGAUGGGAGGAUUCGGAGCACCACACAGGAAGGAAGGUUAGGGGCUGUGGGAGAUCCCCCCCCCAAAAAAGGGGGGAAGCGAAGGGGCCGCAACACAUACCAAGAGGGGACACUUGGGAAUGGAUGCGGUUGAUCGGAACCUCAAAAGCAGGAAGGAAGUGUGAAUUGAUUGGGGAGAUUGAUUAGUGGGCGAUGGGCUUUUUCCCCGGAGCCUCUGGUUAUUGGGGUGGGGCUGUGAAGGAAAGGUCUGCAGGGAAGGGCGAUAAAUUUAAAACAAUUUAUCAUUUUGAUCUACACCAUUCUGGAAUCCACAGUUUUCUGAAUGCAAAACCCGUUCUGGAAUCAGCGGUUUUUCCUAACUUGGAAUCAUGGUUUCUCCUGAUCUUGGGGUGGAAAAAACAAAAUGACCAAUCAUGAUUGCAACCGACGCUUUCUAGACUUUUCUUUUCAGAAAAGUGGUCGAUGCUGUGCUGUUGUACGGAAAUGCUAAUUUAAUCAAUAAAAGGAACUUGACCAGAUGAAUAA